UGUGAAAUUUCUGAAUCAGCAUUGUGUGUUCAACAAGAACAGACAGCUCAAUAGGUAUAAAUAUGUAGAUCCACAAUCUCAUAGAUCAGUCCUGCUUACAUCUACUAUACAACAAGAUUCCUCUGAAAGCACCUCUGCUCAAAGAAAAGAUCAUGAAGUGGUUCUUUGCAGCUGUUUUCCUCUGUGGUUUAAUGAUGUGUCUAGCAGAGGCACGUGUGGUGGAUGAGAUAAAAGAACACAUUGCAGAUGCAGCUCUGAGGACCAAGCGUAUGGUGGGGGGUCUCCUCACCCCCGGCCAUGUUCCCUGGCAGGCUUUGGUGCACCUCAGUGACAGCAAGCUGGAUGGAGGUAUCGGUGGAGGAGCUCUGAUUGCCCCUCAGUGGAUUCUGACCGCUGGCAGGAAUCUAUUUGUGAGGAAGACACAAAAAGAUACGAGGGGAAAAGAACCCUUGAUCCCAAAAGUCUAUCUGGGUAUCAUCAGACGUACCAAAGCUGAUCCCACUACUGAAGUGGCAGUGAAGAAGGUGUUUCUACAUCCAGCUUUUCAGAAUGCCUCAGACGUAGACAAUGACCUGGCGCUGAUCCAGCUGAAAGAGCCUGUGAACUUCACUGACACCGUUUUCCCCAUCCCUCUGCCUGAGAGAGGGGACAAUCUGGAGGAGAGCGAGGGACAGAGGGGCGUCAUUGCUGGUUGGGGCUGGGGACCACUUUUCACAUUCUCUGAAAGCCUCAAGUUCCUCGCCCUUCCAGUUAUCCCGAGUAACACAAAGCACAAUAAGAUCUGGACAACACGCACUGAAUUCCAGGAGAAUGUUUGUUACGGAGAUGCAGGUGGAGCUCUGGCCCUCCUUAACCCUGAUACGAAAAAAGUCUACGCUGCUGGAAUCCUUUCCGACGAUGAGGCAUGUACUAGAGAUCGGGAAGCUAUCUUUAUCAAGAUCUCGGCAUAUCUGCCGUGGAUCCACAGUGUGAUGAGGGGCGACUCAGAGUUUUCGUCUCUCCGCACCUCCAUCAUGAAUGAUUUGCUUUCAAAGUAACCAUAGAUUCUUUACAGUUCUGUAUAAGAGUGCAUAACAACCACACUUUUACCAAAAACUGUCAAAAAAUAAAUAUAUUCAAGAAUUGUCAA